GCCUAAAGUAGUAACAAUAAUUCACCCAAGAAGUGGUGAAAGAAACACAAACUAGAAAAAAAGGACAAACAAAACCAAAAAUGAUGGUGCAAGUGGGAGAGUGUUACUAGAUUUUAUUUUUGGGUUUCUAAGUGAGUGCCCAUUUUCCUUGUUUCCUUUCUUUGCCAUACAAAGCCAAGUCUUGAGUUAGUGGGUAAUUACUCACUAUUCCUGUUUUUCCGGUCUCGAAUUCAGUGCUGCUUCUUUUUUUCUCUCUUCACUGAGAAUUUUCAGUUUCUCUUUUUUAUGCUAUAUAUAUGAGGAGGUGGCCAUUCUUGCUGAAUCUCUUAUUGGGUCUCUUGCUUUUGCUUCAACCAUGUCCUUGUCUUGCUGCUUCUCCCAUUCUCCAUUGCCAUUAAAGAUUAAGCACUUGGGGAAGCCUAUUAAACCUUGUGGCACGGUUUGUAAGAGGCAACCUUUUACUGUCAUAAGCAAUGGUGUUGAGCUUUGUAACAAACGGAUUGUGAAAACUAGAGUCAAUUUAGUUGGAGAUUGGAGUUUCAUAAGAGGAUCCAGAGUUGUUGCCAAACCAAAUGCUACACGAUCGGUUCAUUAUCCGAAAAGCAGCCGAAUACAAGCUUCCUGGUUCGACGGAUCCCAACUAGUGAGCAGUGUAUUUACACUGGGAACAGUUGCAGUGCUCCCAUUUUACACACUAAUGGUUCUUGCUCCAAAAUCUGACCUAACUAAGCAGUGUAUGGAAAGUAACAUACCAUAUGUAGUGCUUGGCAUUCUAUAUGCAUAUUUGUUGUAUCUUUCAUGGACUCCAGAGACAGUAAAAUUGAUUUUUGCAAGUAAAUACUUGCUGCCAGAGCUCUCUAGUAUAGGGAAGAUGUUUUCUAGUGAAUUGACUUUAGCCUCUGCAUGGAUUCACUUACUGGUUGUUGAUCUCUUUGCUGCAAGGCAAGUUUUUGAAGAUGGACAACAGAAUCAGGUCGAGACUCGGCAUUCGGUUUCUUUUUGCUUGUUCUUUUGUCCCAUUGGGAUUCUUGCCCAUGUAAUCACAAAAGCAAUGACCAAAACCAGCAGAAAAGAGGGGCAUGGCUUGUAGAUGAUGGCACACACAUGCAUGCAAACAUAGAUUUCAUGUGAAUUUCACAAGUCUUGUAUGAGUUGAACUGCAAAAUUUUAUGGCCAUUUCUGCUUCAAUCCAAAUCAAAAGUGUGUAAUUUACCAAUUCAAUAAUCUCAUAUGGAAAUCUGCCAUUCACAGAUAAUACUACAUGUUAAAGAAUUCAUGAAAGAAACUUCAAACAAAAUUGAUUCAUG